GAGGCGCGGCAGAUGUCGACUAGCAAAGACGUGAGGCGCGAACCGGCGCGCCGGUACUCGCCGCCCGCGCCUUAUCGUUAUCACGUUAUCAGCCCUUAUCAGUUACUCAUCGCGAAUCCGAUCGCACACCGCCAUUCGAUACUCACGCGCGAACACUUCGAUCCAGAUGUGAUUUGUUUCUGAUCGGUUGAUCAUGUACGGGAUUUCAGUGUUUGCUUUUUUUUAUUUGUUUUUUGUGAAAAUUGAUUAUGGAAACUGUCAAGUACAACAGAUGCAGAACAAGCUGGUUUGCAUUGAACACAAUGAAUGUGGUGCAUGCUUAUCUGCAGCAGCGCACUGUAGAUGGUGUGCCGACAUCAACUAUAACUCCGGAGCGCCAAGAUGUAAUGAUGACGAGAGUUUGGUGAAUACCGGCUGCAGUCAAGGCUUGAUACAACGGCCUGAGAAGUCGGUAUGGGAGGUCAUGGAGAACAGCUCGCUGCAGGAUAUGACUCCCAACAGUGCAGAAAAUGUAGUACAAAUACAACCACAGAGGAUUCAUUUGUCUUUAAAACCACGGGAGACAAAGAAGAUUCAGUUUUCUUACAGGCCUGCCAAAAAUUACCCUCUAGAUUUAUAUUAUUUGAUGGAUCUCACUUGGUCUAUGAAGGAUGACAAGGAAACGCUGGUAUCAUUGAGGGAUGAUCUCCCAGCUUUAUUGAAGAAUCUUACUGAUAAUUUUAGGUUAGGCUUCGGUAGUUUUGCCGAGAAACCCCUCAUGCCGUUCAUUAGUACGGACGCAAGAAGACGAGCUAACCCCUGUUCUAUGGAAGAAGAAGCUUGCGAAGCUACUUACAGCUAUAAACACCACCUGUCUCUUACGAAUCAGGUAAACGAGUUCAUAGAACAUGUGAACAGUAGUUCAGUUACUGCAAAUUUGGAUAACGCAGAAGCUCAACUAGAUGCUCUAGUCCAAGUGAUAACUUGCGGAGACAAGAUCGGGUGGGCAGAGCAUAGCAGAAAAAUUAUCAUACUACUCUCCGAUGGACUUAUGCACACAGCCGGAGACGGGAAACUUGGUGGCGCGACCAAGAAGAACGAUGAUCAAUGUCAUUUGGACGACAAAGGGUACUAUUCUGAUGCGGCUACUUACGACUAUCCGUCGAUAGCGCAGUUGUACAGACUUUUGGAGAAGUACAAGGUUAACGUAAUUUUCGCAGUGACGGAAAGCGUGAAAGAUCACUACGAUAGUUUAAAUCAACUGCUUGAAGAUUUUACUUACGUAGCUAAGCUAGAGAGUGACAGUUCAAAUAUUCUGAAACUAGUUAAAACUGGUUAUGAAGAUAUUGUAAGUGUGGUGGACUUCCACGAUGACUCUAAUUUGGGACCAGUGAAAAUUAGGUACUUUACGGACUGCGGAGUUGAGGGAGGUCCUUUGAAAGAGGAAACAAGGUGCACAGGCGUGGAAUUUGGAAUGACGUUGCGUUAUGAGGCUCACGUAAUUUUGGAAUCUUGUCCUGAGUACAAAUCUUUUACGCAAACUAUUCGCAUAGCUGAAUCCCAGCUAGGGCAGGAUGCUCUGACGUUGGAAGUGGACAUUCAGUGUGGAUGUGCAUGCAGUGGAGCCCCACAACUGGACAUGUCACCGAUGUGCCCGAUUAAUGCUCACUUCGUUUGUGGAGUGUGCCAGUGUAACAAAGGAUGGUCUGGUCCAACAUGUGAUUGUGCCAUAGGAGAUGAGAAUGCAUCAGCAGAACUAUUGGCGCAGUGUCGGGAACCGAACACGACUCGUGCCCUCACCUGCUCCGGCGCCGGCGACUGUCUCUGCGGAGAGUGCGACUGCGAUAUAGGCUUCACUGGGAGAUACUGCCAGUGUAAAAUGUGUGAUGUUAGCCUUGAAAAUGGUCUGGAGUGUGGCGGAGUGAGUCGCGGCGUGUGCGCAUGUGGUGAGUGCGCAUGCGCGCCGGGCUGGACCGGGCCCGCCUGUGACUGCACCAAUAAUACCAACACCUGCAUCUCUCCAGCCGGAGGAGAUAUUUGCUCGGGACAUGGGGAAUGUGUUUGUGGUAGAUGCGAAUGUUCAGUGGCGGACGAGAGCGGCGCGAAGUACUCGGGCUCGUUCUGCGAGUCGUGCGCGACGUGCGACAACCCGCUGUGCGCGCACGCCGAGCCCUGCGUGGCCUGCAGCCUGCGACACAACUGCAGCGCCCGCGCAUGCGCCGCCGGGGACGUCAACUACACCGUCACUGAACUACUCACUGACUUGGUAACGGAUGACCUAACAACAUGUAUCCUACGUCUGGAAGAAGAUAACCUCGAAUGUGAAUACAAAUACACGUAUUCUGCCAAACCCUCAUCAGGGGUUGAAAUUAUGAUUGGAGGCAAAGAGUGCUAUAGUCCAACUAGUGCUAAAAUCGUGACAAGUGCAGUAGUUAUCAUGGGCUGUGUCAUUGCAGCAGGAUUAAUAAUCAUAUUAUUCUUCAAGUGUGGACAGAUUAUGUCUGAUAGAAGGGCCUAUGCAAAAUUCGUCAAAGAAGCACAAGAAAGCAGGAAAAAUAUGCAAGAAUUGAAUCCUUUGUACAUUUCUCCUAUUUCAGAGUUCAAAUUACCUGAUUCGUUUCCUAGAGACAAGAAUGAUUAAGUCUUUACUACGUAAGUGUUCUUUUUGUAUUUAGUUUUUUGAACUUGUUUUUUUUAUAGCACUGUGGUUGCAAUAAACGUUGAUAGCGCCUCUGGUGGUGAAAAAGUGAACAAGUGUUGUAUAUGUACUACUUAUUUGUUUUUGGCAUAUUUUGUAUGAUAGCAUAGUCGUUACUGUAUUAUUUGUGUUUUAGUAUUUCAGAUUUGUUCAAUUUGUGCGUUAGAAACAUGUAGAUUUGUAAUUAAAUUGUAUUUUCAUACACCUUCAGUGACUUACUGUUCGAAUUUAAGCUUUAUUAUUUCAGUGAUAAACUUUAUAAUAGGAAAUGUUUACCAUUUUCCAAUUUGUCAUAAUAUUUGAUAGUACAAAAUAUAUUUAAUGAAAUCUACUUAUUAUAAGUCUUAUACGUACUUAUAGAUAUUUUCCUAAAGUUGAUGCCAUUUGUGCCUUUCAAAUUUUUUUUUUAAUAAAUCAUUCGUACUGUUCAUCAGUCGUUAUUUUUC